AUGUUGUCUCCACGUGCACACGGCCAGCACUCGUGCCUCCACGUGCACACGGCCAGCACUCGUGCCUCCACGUGCACACGGCCAGCACUCGUGCCUCCACGUGCACACGGCCAGCACUCGUGCCUCCACGUGCACACGGCCAGCACUCGUGCCUCCACGUGCACACGGCCAGCACUCGUGCCUCCACGUGCACACGGCCAGCACUCGUGCCUCCACGUGCACACGGCCAGCACUCGUGCCUCCACGUGCACACGGCCAGCACUCGUGCCUCCACGUGCACACGGCCAGCACUCGUGCCUCCACGUGCACACGGCCAGCACUCGUGCCUCCACGUGCACACGGCCAGCACUCGUGCCUCCACGUGCACACGGCCAGCACUCGUGCCUCCACGUGCACACGGCCAGCACUCGUGCCUCCACGUGCACACGGCCAGCACUCGUGCCUCCACGUGCACACGGCCAGCACUCGUGCCUCCACGUGCACACGGCCAGCACUCGUGCCUCCACGUGCACACGGCCAGCACUCGUGCCUCCACGUGCACACGGCCAGCACUCGUGCCUCCACGUGCACACGGCCAGCACUCGUGCCUCCACGUGCACACGGCCAGCACUCGUGCCUCCACGUGCACACGGCCAGCACUCGUGCCUCCACGUGCACACGGCCAGCACUCGUGCCUCCACGUGCACACGGCCAGCACUCGUGCCUCCACGUGCACACGGCCAGCACUCGUGCCUCCACGUGCACACGGCCAGCACUCGUGCCUCCACGUGCACACGGCCAGCACUCGUGCCUCCACGUGCACACGGCCAGCACUCGUGCCUCCACGUGCACACGGCCAGCACUCGUGCCUCCACGUGCACACGGCCAGCACUCGUGCCUCCACGUGCACACGGCCAGCACUCGUGCCUCCACGUGCACACGGCCAGCACUCGUGCCUCCACGUGCACACGGCCAGCACUCGUGCCUCCACGUGCACACGGCCAGCACUCGUGCCUCCACGUGCACACGGCCAGCACUCGUGCCUCCACGUGCACACGGCCAGCACUCGUGCCUCCACGUGCACACGGCCAGCACUCGUGUCUCCACGUGCACACGGCCAGCACUCGUGCCUCCACGUGCACACGGCCAGCACUCGUGCCUCCACGUGCACACGGCCAGCACUCGUGCCUCCACGUGCACACGGCCAGCACUCGUGCCUCCACGUGCACACGGCCAGCACUCGUGCCUCCACGUGCACACGGCCAGCACUCGUGCCUCCACGUGCACACGGCCAGCACUCGUGCCUCCACGUGCACACGGCCAGCACUCGUGCCUCCACGUGCACACGGCCAGCACUCGUUCCUCCACGUGCACACGGCCAGCACUCGUUCCUCCACGUGCACACGGCCAGCACUCGUUCCUCCACGUGCACACGGCCAGCACUCUUGUUCCCCACGUGCACACGGCCAGCACUCGUGCCUCCACGUGCACACGGCCAGCACUCGUGCCUCCACGUGCACACGGCCAGCACUCGUGCCUCCACGUGCACACGGCCAGCACUCGUGCCUCCACGUGCACACGGCCAGCACUCGUGCCUCCACGUGCACACGGCCAGCACUCGUGCCUCCACGUGCACACGGCCAGCACUCGUGCCUCCACGUGCACACGGCCAGCACUCGUGCCUCCACGUGCACACGGCCAGCACUCGUGCCUCCACGUGCACACGGCCAGCACUCGUUCCUCCACGUGCACACGGCCAGCACUCGUGCCUCCACGUGCACACGGCCAGCACUCGUGCCUCCACGUGCACACGGCCAGCACUCGUGCCUCCACGUGCACACAGCCAGCACUCGUGCCUCCACGUGCACACGGCCAGCACUCUUGUUCCCCACGUGCACACGGCCAGCACUCUGGCCCCCACGUGCACACGGCCAGCACUCGUGCCUCCACGUGCACACGGCUAGCACUCGUGCCUCCACGUGCACACGGCCAGCACUCGUGCCUCCACGUGCACACGGCCAGCACUCGUGCCUCCACGUGCACACGGCCAGCACUCGUGCCUCCACGUGCACACGGCCAGCACUCGUGCCUCCACGUGCACACGGCCAGCACUCGUGCCUCCACGUGCACACGGCCAGCACUCUGGCCCUCCACGUGCACACGGCCAGCACUCGUGCCUCCACGUGCACACGGCCAGCACUCUGGCCCUCCACGUGCACACGGCCAGCACUCGUGCCUCCACGUGCACACGGUCAGCACUCUGGCCCUCCACGUGCACACGGCCAGCACUCUGGCCCUCCACGUGCACACGGCCAGCACUCUGGCCCUCCCACGUGCACACGGCCAGCACUCUGGCCCCCCACGUGCAUAUGA